CCUGGCUAGUGUCAGGGGGGCGGUCCUCCGAGUUGGGCUUCUUGCCGCCCUACCCUCUCCAUCACGAUGCGGCCCCUCGUGCCUAAAUUUCAAGGAAAUAGGCCUCAGAAAAAGCCCUAGACCCUAGAGGUACGCAGGGUAACCACUCGGCUCCUAAAGCCCACAUAGAAAAUGGAGCCGCUCCAGCGCCAGGCGCCAGCGUCUGCACCGCUUUCCGCCGCGGCCGCCGUACAGGCGAGGCCGCUCGGCGCCUCCUCCCGGCUCCCUCCAGGAGGCGCUGUAGGACCGACUCACGGUCCAAGGUGCGGCCGCCUCCGGAGGGCCUCCCCGCAGGGGCUAUGGAGCACCGAGAAAAGCAACCUCCACGGCUAGAGAGGCAUUUCCCAGGAGCCGCCCCGGUCGCCUCGCGCGCGCCACACACUUCCGCUUCCGCCUCUUUUGCCGGAAGUUGCUCUCAGAGCUAGCGUGCGGUCUUUGUCAGCUUCCACCAUGGCGUACCGCGGCCAGGGCCAGAAAGUGCAGAAGGUGAUGGUGCAGCCCAUCAACCUCAUCUUCAGAUACUUGCAAAAUAGAUCUCGGAUUCAGGUGUGGCUUUAUGAGCAAGUGAACAUGCGGAUAGAGGGCUGUAUCAUUGGUUUUGAUGAGUACAUGAACCUCGUAUUAGAUGAUGCAGAAGAGAUUCAUUCUAAAACAAAGUCAAGAAAACAACUGGAAAUUUGGAGAGCAGGGAAAGCUUGGAGUCGGGCACAGUUACUCUUUGCCAUCUUUCAGGAAGUCCUGAGCAUUUCAUAUGUGAGAAAACAAAUGAUGGCCAGCUUCAGUUGUCCUCAUCCUGGCCAAGGAGCUCCUACAAAAGUUUUGUUAGACUUCAUCAACUCUGGAACAGUCCCACAGGACUCAGCACACCCCAGAAGGAGCUGUGAUGCCGAAGGGGCUGGUCAAGAAUCCAGGGGCCAACACGGUGGAAGAGAGAUGCAGAUCCCAUCGGUGAUGUGUAUCAUGCGGCAUGUGGAGCUGGGCACAUUGUGUCAGCUGGUACCAAGCAGGGUACAGCCGUAAUGCCAGCUGAAGAUUAUUUAUCCUGUUGUCGAGGAGCCUUGUCACGGCUGCCCCACCCCAGGCUGGCCGGAGCCGAAGCUGACCCGCCCCAGAGCCCCGGAGCCCUGCCUUCAGCCUCAGCCAGGUGGACCUGGGGACAGUGGCUGGGCUGUUUACUCCCCGUCUCUCUGUGGGGGCCCCCAACCCCGCCCCACCACUGACCUUACUGCAUUUCUCACCCUCCUUGUCACUGCCACACCUUUUGUCUCUCUGGGCCAUCUCAGCCCCUGGGCCUCCGGACUGUGAUCAGCCCUCCUGGGGACCAAAGCCCAGGGUCAGAGAGAAGAAGCGCUCAGGCACGUCCCUACAGCAGCCUUUACUCCCAAGUUCUGAGAGCUUUCCCAGGCAUGCCCUGGAAAGGAAACCAGGGCGGGAGGAAUGAGGUUCCCUAGAAAUAUAUUUAGAUUUCCCAGUGGAGGGACGAGUGGGAGGGUGGAAGGCAGGACUGUGAACUACACUGGACAUUCCGCUCCCCUCUGUCCCCAAGGCACGGAGGCUCCUGCUGGAAAACAAAAAAUCCUCCCUGGAAAAGAAUGGGAAAAAGAAAAUUCUUUUACCCACCAGUAAAUCUCCCAGGGCUGUCCUGGGCCAGGGAGAUUAAUUAUAUUACUAUUUGUGAUAAUAAUACAUCUUAUAGCAUACUCUAAAACAUUUUUACUGAUUUCAUUUUGCUCACCCGCAUGACCUCAUUUGUCCGGAGCGAUGAGGAAGGGCAGAGAUGAGCUGUGUCAUAAACAAGAGGGCUGGGGACAAGUCAAAGAGUGCCCUGCCUCGCCACCUCAGAUCAAUUAUGCAUUUCCUUAUGACAAUGUGGGGGUCUCCUCUGGGAGGUUGUGACUUUCACUUGCUGGGUUGAAAUCCCCUGGUAAGACUUCAGGGUGAUGCAUCGAUACCCCGGCAGGGGAUUCAAGGUUUCCUACCUCUUUUAAGCGGCAGGCCCCUCCUGGGCUUGCCAGUGUCUUGCUCUAGAGAGCAGUACCCGCUCAGCGUGAGCACUGCUACCAUUAUUCCACGCCCACUGUGUGCCAGGGUGUGUGGCCAGAGUUUACGUGAAUUACCCUAUUGGAUUCCCUCAAUAAAUCCCAGUGGAAGCCUCUCUGAUGACUCUUAUCUCUCAGAUGAGGUGACAGGAUCAGAGAAGAAUCUGCCCUAAGGUCACACAGCUAGCAAGAGGCCAGAGCCAAGAUUUAGACCCAGGACCUCCCAGACUCUGGAGCAAAUGCCUGAACUGAAAGACAUCCUGUGGCACAUCCUAUGGCACAAGACUAUUCCCCCGAGCUAAUGUGCCACCUGGUUAGAGUGGAGACAUUGAAAAGAGAAACCAAAGGUCAGCAAAGAUGAACUCAGCGUCAGAGAACGUGGAGCUGGGGUCCCUCCCAGAGGGCCUACUGAUGACGACAGAGUACAGGCGAGGAAAUGGGGGCCCACAGAGACCCGAGUGAUUUGCCCUAGACCAAAUGGCAGAGCUAGAACGAGAGCCCGGGUAUCCUGGCUUGCAGGUUCCGAGCUGUCCCCUCAGCCCCCACGGCCUGCCGUGUCAGAGGCCGUCAGCAGGAUCUAUGGUCAUCACCCCGCUUCAGCCUGGAAAGAAACUUCUUGGAUUAAAAAUAAGCCCCCAAAACACAAGCAAAGAAACAAGCAACUCCUCAAGUAAUUGAUGAGAUCUCUGAGUUAUGCUCCUAUGAGUAUCCUCAUAAAUGCUUGAUACGUUCAACUCAUGUGGUCCCCUAACCACAGCCCUCCAUCCCCACCCCUGCUGUGUUGGAACUAGAGCAAGAAACACCCAGACUGGCAGCGGGCCUCAGCACCCAAACGGAGCUUUGGUUUGCGAUCUCAAUCUGGUACGGAAGAGACGACUGUCCUAGCUGUAGCCCUGGAGUCCAGUGACCUCCAUCUCACUGGUCACCCCUGCCCCGCUGCUGCCUGCACUUGCACCGGGGCCAUUUUCUUAACUACGCAGGUCUCCAGUCCCUGGGGGUCUGUGUCCGGAGAGCAAAGAAGCCACACCCGCUUGGCGAGACCUGGGUGGGGGUUUUAGCGGGGGCGCCGCAAUUCUGAGUGAGCCGUCUGCAGACUUUGGCUGGAAAACUAGCUCUCAAGAAAAAAAGGUCCUGAUGUGUAGAGACUACUAAUUUUUAUGGUGUAAAAACUGCUACAGUGGCUGAUUGCAAGUUACCAAUGGAUUUAACAUUCCUGAACAUUCAGCACCUGGCCUUCGUGAACGGGCAUGAGCUGGCCCCAGCAUACCAUUGCCCCUUGCUAUGCUGCCCACCUUUGGCUCCCAGAUGUCCUUGAUGCGGGGGCAGAUUUUAGUUCCGUCUCAGUCCCUGGCAGGUGUCUGACAAACAGUCUAGGAAAACCAAAUCCCAGACAGUACAUCUCCCCAAGCUCCCAGGUUCCAGCCACAGGGGAAAGAAGCAAACAGUGUAAAGCCUUGAUGUCUGAAAGGGUUUUUCUUCCAAGAAGUUCAAAGCAGUUGCUGUGUCUGAUCUUACCUUAUCCUCUCAACACCCUGGGAAAGUGGGGAGAUGGCAGGAAUGAUUUUGGUAUCCCUUCCUGAAAGAUGGGGACACUGAGGCCCAGAAAGCUUUGACAGCUUGGUCAAGGUCACCAGCAGUUUGGAGCAGAGGCUGGAAUGGGAAGCUCCAUCCUGCCUUUCGUUCUCAACCUCGUGGCCCCUUCCCCCACUCUGUUGUCUCCUGACCCCGCAGAGCAGGCAGAUGCGGAUGGAGAGGCAUAAGAUCUCGCUGUGGUUUUCCCAGACGGAUCCCAGGCCGUACUUCCCAGCUCUCCCAGUCUCAGACCACACACCCUUAGCACCUCCAGGGGAGCUGGCCCGACAGGCUUCCCUUGGGGUUUUGCCAGCUCUGUCUCCGCUCAUUAGCAGCUCUGUUUCCAGGUGGAUCCACCAUGGGGUCAUUAAGGCAAUAAACAAGUUCCCGAUUGUCGGUGGGCUGGACCUGGCACCCCCCCCUCACCCCCCCCCCCGCCCCGUUCCCUGCAUUGUGUGGAGUUCCAGCGGGCCCACACAACCCCCGAAACAAUGCCUCACUUCCUCCCAGGAAGCUGCAGACCCGAGCCAGUCUCCUGGGCUCGCCCACGUGCUCUGGCCAAGCCAUUGUGUCCAAGACGGCCGGGUCCAGCCAUUCCCAUGACCAGGGUAAUUACAUCCUCUCUGCCGUCCAAAAGUAGGAGGGCAAGGGGUCGGGGGCCAAAGAGCCAUAGCUCCCCAUGGCUCCCAAACCUCCCAGUCCCUGGCCAGCAGGCCUGUGGUCCCUGAUGACCAUUUGGAUUCCAUACCUCAGCCUCUCCCCGGAUCAGGGGUACAAAGAAGACCCUGGAAACACAUGUAGGCUGGAGCCCUAACCAAGCUUCUCAGCCCUCCCGGCACCCCUUUCUCUCUCUGUUUGGCUAGGAUUGUUCCCUGUGUCCCCAAAGUGUUCUUGUAUAUAUCCCCAGGGAGGGGCUGAGUGGUGGCACAGAAUAGGGCCCAUCAAUAAUGUGACCAACAAGGCCAUCCGGCUUUGCAGACGUUUGUCUGGUGGAGAGGAACGCUGACCAGCCCAGGGUGUUCUUUCUCAAGGGAGUCUAAUGGGUCCUCAGUGGGGCCUAUGCCACCAUCAUGGCCAAUUUGGAUUUCUUUCUUUUAAACAGCUCUGUUUAGGAAUGAUG